UUAACAAGUUUUGUUCAUUGGAUAACCACUUACUAAAAGCCCGAUACUAGUACGUUCCGACAGUUGCAUUUUUGCUCGCAAGCAAGGCUGCUCCGACUGUUUAAGGGAUCUAAAAUGGGGACAUUUUCAACUCCAACGUUCUUAAUUCUGUGUUCAACGAUAGUAGCGGUGAAUGCAGCUUGUUGGUACACAUUUGAGAAUGCAGACUGCUCCGGCCAUGAUCUCUCCCAUUCCCACCUCAACCGAGCAGCGUGCCGGGCGGCAUGCACCAGGCGAACAGACUGCAAAUCCUUCCAACAACGUGGCAACGAUUGUUGGCUAAAGGAUCACGUGUGCACUAAGAAACAGCUUUCCAACGUGGGCCACAAGACCUUUGCUCAGUUCACAAAGCACUGUGGGGCUUGUAGCUAUUCAUUUGAGAAUGCAGACUGCUCCGGCCAUGAUCUCUCCCAUUCCCACCUCAACCGAGCAGCGUGCCGGGCGGCAUGCACCAGGGGAACCGACUGUAAAUCCUUCCAACAACGUGGCAACGAUUGUUGGUUAAAGGAUCACGUGUGCACUAAGACACAGCUUUCCAACGUGGGCCACAAGGCCUUUGCUCAAUUCACAAAGCACUGUGGAGGUUCGCCAUCAACGGAGCACACAGGUUGCAGCUAUUCAUUUGAGAAUGCAGACUGCUCCGGCCAUGAUCUCUCCCAUUCGCACCUCAACCGGGCAGCGUGCCAGGCGGCAUGCACCAGGCGAACCGACUGUAAAUCCUUCCAACAACGUGGCAACGAUUGUUGGCUAAAGGAUCACGUGUGCACUAAGAAACAGCUUUCCAACGUGGGCCACAAGACCUUUGCUCAAUUCACAAAGCACUGUGGAGUUGGUGCUAUAGCCACUGUCAGAUUUGUGUGUUUUGCUGAUAAAUUUUAA